AUGGCUAGAUCGGAACUAGGAGAUUUUGCCGAAUUGCCUGAAGAGAUUCGAGUCUGUAUUUGGGAGUAUCUUUUCCCUUACGGGCUUCAGGUCUGGUACUCUUCUCCAUUGUUUUAUUAUGGCCCAACAACUCCAGCUAGCGUUCUAUGUGCUAGCCGAAGACUGUAUACGGAGAUCUCAGGCCAUUUGUACAACAACCUUAGCCUCGACAUUAACAUUUCAUCUCAAUACUCAGGACAUGUAUGGGUAGAAUUUACCAUCAAGAAACUAGAGGCAAGGUGGCAAGUCAUGGAAGAAGAUGCUAUACAGCGCGGCUUUCGAGACUUUCCAUUUUACAAGGUCGAUCUGAUAAUAAACAUGCAGGCUCCGAAUCCCCGUGAGCCAGCCCAAUUGGGUCUACUCUGGUACAAAUCCAAGAAGCUCGUCGAAUUUCUCAAUCUAGUGCCACGAUUGAAAUAUGUGACGUUCUGGUUGAAGAAAGGCCCCUGCAACGAUUGGUGUACGAACCGACAAGCAAACCAGAGUAUGCCAAACUUGGACCUUGAUGAUCACGAUGUUGCGUUCUUACCUUUUACUCGGUUGAAGAAUGUUCAGGACAUGGUAACAUACGCACAUUCGGAGGAGCUAAAUACUGCUCUUGACUGGAAGGUCAUCGACUACGGACGAGAAUAUAUCUACCGCCGUAGAUGGAUCUUUGCUGGCGACAGCGAGUACGAGAGUGUUGCUCGCAAUUUCGACAAUCUGGAACGGUAUUUGAGUAUCGUUGACAUUUGCAUAUAUCGACGUGUGAUACGACUACAAAGCCGAACGGCGGAUAUAUUGAGUUCAAUACUUACAAGGGAUCAUCUACAGCAGGAGAACAGGAUAAAAGAGCGCAAGGCUCUUGAAAACUGGGUGUUUCAUUGGUUGAAGAGCGUUCCGGAUGGAGAGAGGAAGGUGGAAUAG